AGGGAAAUAAAUAAGGACAACACCCCAUUAUUGCAAAAAGGGAAACAGCACAAGCAUCUAUCUGAGACAAGUUGGAAAAGAUAUAUGGAAAUGGAAAAUGAUUCCGUACAGAAAUCCCUUGUAUGGCUUCAUGCUGUUCUUCAAUCUAAAAUAGGCCAUGGAUUAGAAGCCACAGUCCUCCAAGGACUGCAAAUCACCCAUGCCGAAAAGGGUUUAAUGCGAUUCGAUUUCGUCAUUCCAAAUGUUGUCUCGGAUGUUGAUGGAAAUUGGCAUGUUGGAGCUUUAGCAACUAUGCUCGACCUCAUCGGACCCGUUACUACUUUCUCUUUUGUCAAUCGUGUUAUUAGUACAGUUGAUUUCAACGUUUCAUAUUAUUCAACAGCUAAGAUUCAAGAAAAUGUGGAGAUAGAAUCAAAGGUAAUUGCAAAUAGAGGAAACCUCAUACAUGUGGUGGUUGAAGUUAGAAGGAAAGGAAAUGGAGAGGUAAUUGCUGUAGGAAAAUUGUGGAUGGCUUCAGAUAAACGCACUGUUGCUGAAGUGAGUAAUGCUCGACAACUUUGACCUGAAAUUAUAA